ACACACACUUGUACUUCCUUCUUUGUGAUUCAGCGUGCACUAGUUCGUUCCGUUGAGCUUCUUCUUCUUUUCAUUUUAUCAUCAUUUCAUCAAUUUUUACCACAAAACACGUCGAAAAAUGGCCGACAGUGCACCACAGCUUGUUAGGGACAACACAAUGACCGUCACAGCAAAGGAGGGUGUUGAGUUCUUGAAGUCCCAAGGAGCUGACCACCUUGUUCCAGAAGACCCUGACAAGCCUCAAGUCCAGAGAGACAGUACAAUUCAAGCAACAGUCAAGGAUAGUGAAGCAAUCCUGAAGGAUGCAAAUAUUGAUCAGGAUAUCAGGACAAGAGGAGAACAGCAACGUCUUCAAGAUAUAACUGAGGAAGGUAAAGAUGAUGAACCACCCAGGGUGCCACGUGACCUCACCAUCAAGGAAACAACAAAGGAAGCUCAGGGUUUUCUUGGGGAUACUCCAAUUGGUGAAACUCGCUCCCAGACACAACAGAUGGUGAAGACAACAGAGGAGGAAGAGGAUGAUGAAGAAGAAGAGGAGGAUGAGGAUGAUGAUGGAGUUGAAGAUGACUUGGUAGAUGAGGUCGGCAAUGGAGAUGAAGAAGAUGAUGAUGUGCCAAACUUAAAGAGAACUCAUACCAUGGCUGAGACACUUGAGGAAGGAGAGGACUUUUUGAAGAGACAGAAGACCAAUGGAGAUGUAGUGGAGAAGGAAACCACAGGUGAUGCUUAAUCUAGAAACUCAUCUUAUUGACAAAUCAAGAUGAAUCUGUAGAAAGACAUUUUGUUGGUAUUUGGAAUUCCUGUUUGUUGUUUGUAGAUGUAAUCUAUAGGUUAUAACUUAAAAAAGCUUCUAGAAUUUUUUAGAAUUUGUUGACUUACUGCAUAUUUUCUGCUCUUGCGCUCAACAUAGAUUCACUACAUGUUACUGUGUUUUGGUUAUUGUGGCUUGUGUUAUCCAAAGAAACUAUUAAUGUUUUAGUUUAAUAAAAUAAAAACCAGUUUUCAUGUUUAUCAUGCACACCUUAUACUUGCUUGCCAAAACUCAAAAGCUUUAACUUGACUGUGUUUUUAACCAUACUCAAGACAAUAUUUUUUCUAUAUAAAGAAAUUGCUUUUGAUAAAUAAAAAACCUGAACAUAAAAAACAAAUGUUUUCAGAAUUUGAAGCAAAAGAGUUGGUUCAAUUGGAAAGUGCAUAUUAAACGUUACAAUGUAUGCAAACUGGACAAGUUACCAUAUUGUACAGGAAGCAGUGAUGUUUAUAAUAUAUCUGUGGUCCUAUUUCAACCACAUUUUUUCCGAAUGCCAUUUUUUUACUGUUAAUACGCUGAUUAUAGUACAGAGUUCAUGAUUUGUUGAAGUGCAUGAAAUAUAAGCUCAGUAAUAUUUGUGCAAGGUUGGACCGGUGGACUCGUUUGGAACUCCUGUAUAGUGACAUUUCAAUACCUUUACACUCGCCCACUUAUACAUUGACAGUAAUCACUGGGCCUCAUUGUGUUCAAUCAGAUAAGUUAUGCCUUGAAAAAUAACCACUGACCCUUUGUCCUACAUUUACACAUAAUUCCCUUUAUUUCAUAUAUGGCAUCUUUUUCAAAUACUAUAUAAUUUGAAAUUAAUCAUGUGAUAAGGUCACAAUUGUUUUUACAUUUUAUAAUAUCUAUAUUUGUAUAAUUUGUAAACAAACAUUUUUAGUAAUUAUUUCAAAAUUCCCCCCUCUAAGUUAUAAAUCCCUUUUAUGUGUAUAUAAAAAGUAAAAUCACUUUUUCAUAAAAACGAAAAGUGGUGAGGUAAAUGCUGCUGCCUUAUUGAGAAUGAACCUGAUUAGAUUGAAGUUAUGUGAGUAUGUGGUUUGAGAAUUGUUAAUAACUCUCCAACUGGAAUACAAAAUGGUAAUUGUAUUGAAAUGAAUUUGUGCUGGACGCAAUUAAUGGUGAAGCAGAUAUGAUAGUGUGAUAGUUGUUUGGAAUGAUUGUUGGAAGAUGAAAUGCAGCAUUAGUGGUGUGUCAGUAUAUGAAGAUUAACCAAGUAUUAUCAACAAUAUAAAACUUUCAUCCCAUUCAGUAGAUCCAAGUGAAAAACUCUGUAUUUAUCCACUUUGUAAGGAUGAAUGUGUGGAUCAAAUGUCAUUGUUGCAUGCAUGAUAUGGAAUCAUAACAGUUUCUAAGUGUGAUGCAACAUCCAGAAUUUCAUGUAUUGUUAAAUAUUAAUGUUUUUAAUAUUGAGACACUUCAAUUUGGCAAUUAAUGCAAGUAAAUUUUCCAGUUAACUAUGGAUUUGUUCACUGGCUUAUAUUAUUUACACACAUCUCAUUCAAAGUAUACUUAACUGCUCUGAAGAAGCUUUCAAUUGAAAAUGUUUUCCUAUUCUGGCCGUAAUUUUUUGUUGUAACUUAACAGUACACGUGCUGCACUUGUUCCUAUAAUCGACACAGGGUAAAAGGCCAGUGGUUACACCCAGUGCGAAUAUGUAAGAUUUAAAUGUUGAUCAGUUUAGCAGGUAACUCAAUUAUAUCCAAGUCCAUAGUUGAACAAAUCACUGCUUCGCUUCUCCUAAUUAAACAAAAUUACACUAUGCUACAUUUCUUCUGUAUAAAAGAGCUCAUAUUUUAACUGUUAAAAAAGCAAGUCCAUCAACGAAAUGUGAAUAAGUAGGAACUUGUAACUCUUUUAGGUGCUAUAUACUGUUUUGUAGUUUAUGAAAGUCGCUUCAAAUUAAUGGUACAUUCAUGUUGUAACUUGUUAUAAAGUUGUUCAGUUGGCAGCGUUCUUUAUCAUGAGUAAUAUAUUUAUGUACAAAUAUUCAAAAUCAGUUGUUUUAAUGAACCAUUUAUUUCAAGCAAAUUCUCAAACAAUUUAUACAUGUAUUAUGAAAUAAACAUCGGGUAAUAUUUAUACUUUAAACAACUUUCACAUUUUUUUAAAGAUCAAGGCUUUUAAAGAAAUAUGUGCUGAAAUGUGUUGAACUACAUGUUAUUUGAAAUCCAUUUGUAAUUGUUUAAUUAUUAAGAAACAGUUGAAAUAAAAGUGUUGAUGCUUUUCUUACCCUUGAA